AUGGUAUCAAAAAAACCAGUAAAAGCCAAAAAAUCAUCAACAGCUGCUCCAGAUGCCAAAAAAAAAAGAAAGAAGUCUAGAUAUGACAGCUAUGGGCUAUACAUCUUUAAAGUUUUGAAACAAGUUCAUCCAGAUACAGGUAUUUCAAGAAGAUCAAUGAAUAUUAUGAAUUCAUUUCUUGUUGACACAUUUGAAAAAAUAGCAACUGAAGCAUCAAGAUUAUGUAAAUAUACUAGAAGAGACACAUUAUCAUCACGUGAAAUUCAAACAGCAAUAAGAUUAGUUUUACCAGGAGAAUUAGCAAAACAUGCAGUUUCAGAAGGAACAAAAGCUGUUACAAAAUUUACUUCAAAGUAA